AUGAUCACUGACAUGGCAGCGGACCAGAGAAAAGAACCAGGCGUUGUGAUUAAAGACGGCUGGUCAGGUUACAGUUUGGAGCUGUUUAAUUAUUCUUAACAGUACCGGGGUGAUCUGGAGUGUGUGUACAUCCCUCAUGGAGUCUUUUUGAACAGGAUUGAGUGUCUGGCCAGAGAUAUUCUUGAAGAUAUCAAAAAUCAUGAUCUGAUGGUUCUGUGUGUUCUGAAGGGAGGAUAUAAGUUCAGUUCUGACCUGGUGGAGACUAAAACUCGAUUAAAGAUUGACCAUCAGAGUGAGGAAACCUGGGGCCUUUUAACGUCCAUCUCUGUGUUUUUCUCACUGUGUGUUUUACAGAAUGACCAGUCCACUGAAGAUAUGAACGUUAUUGGACCAGAUGACUUCUCCAUGCUGGAAGAGAAGGUAUUUGUAAUUUUAUAUGUAUUCAUUUCCUCACAGGCAAUAGUGGACACGGGAAAAACCAUGAGAGCCCUUCUACAGCAUGCAGAGACCUUCCAGCCCAAAAUGGUUAAAGCUGCAGGAUUGCUGGUAAAGAGGGUUCCUCACGGAGAGCUCCCAGACUAUGUUGGAUUUGUCAUUCCUAAUCGUUUCAUGGUGGGUUACGCUCUGGUCUACAACAAGUACUCCAGAGACCUCAAUCAUAUCUGCGUCAUCAGUGAGAUGGGGAAUUAGAAAUAUAAAGUGUGA